AUGAAGUUCGCACUUAUUUUCGCAGUUACUUUGGCACUUGUCGCUACUACUCAAUCAGCUCCUAUGAUACUUUCAAAAAGACGUUUUGGACAAGAACAUACCCCAAAAGCUGAUGGUACCUUUAAAGAUAUAAAGGAUAUUGCUAAAGGUACCAAUAAGGAAGAACAAGCCGGUAAUUUAUCAGGUGCAAUGGUGAGAGCCCUUUUAGCAAAAGCACCGACUUGCGAUCAGCAAAAUAGAGCUGAUGAAGUAAUUGACUUGGCUUAUGAACUUGGUGGUAAAAAAGAGAAACAACUUAUUAAAGUUGCUAAAAUAUAUCGCCAACUUGAACGUAAUACUCCAAAAGCCGGUCAACCAUCUGCACUCUGUAAAAAACAACCAAGACAUAAAGAACUUUAUGGAUUGGUUCAAGCUCAAGAUCCUACUGGAAAAGGUAAAACACCAGGUAAAGGCUCUGAUAAAGGAAAAGGUGAAAAUUACGCAGAAACCCAUCCUGUUGGAGGUGUUAAAAUGCCAAAGAUUCAAAAAGUAGACGGCGAUUUCGUUGUCAAUGGAAAUAAAUUUAAUGGUGACGUAAAUGCCGCACAAAACCGUCAAUGUGACAUUCAACAUAACCUUUGUUUUAACAAAUUCAAUGGUGGAGAUAGAAGUUUCUCUGGUGCGGAUUGUGAUAAACAAACAAACGUUUGUAAAUCUGGUCCUCCUGUAUUUGGUUAA